CUGCAGUCACGGCUUGCACCAGCACCAAUCUAUCCCCGUUUGUUGUGGCGCGAGGUGAAAUCGCCGAUAACCGAAACCGAGCCGCGAGGUCGAAGCGACUUCCACGCUCGAAAGCGUGAGAGUCGACGAAGCCUGGACGAUAGCAGGUGUGCGGAUAAAAGUACAGCGACUGUGUUCGGAGAGUUGUACGAGACGACGCGCGUGACUCGCUGCCGCCGACUGACGGGGCGCGCCGCGACUUACCCGGCCUCACUACCACACGCGCACUCGCGCACACUCACAACUCACGAGUCGCCUCCGCCGCUCGCCGCUCGCCGCACGCCGCACGCCUCGCGCCGCGCGCCAUACACCGCCUCGCGUUACAUUCGCGCCUCCACGGACGCAUUUACCGACAAUAUUUUCAUUUCAAAUUUGACUUUAAAAUCUUCGUGUCCAUCGAAGCGACGCCGACUACUAGCUUGA